AUGAACAAAAUAGAAGUGAAAUGUUGCAUAAAUGGAGAACCCGAAAUGGGGAAUAGUAGUCUAUACGUAGCAAGGACAGAGUCUUGGGAGCAAGUGUUAUAUAAGAUUUCGCUAAAGGUGAAUAAGCCUCAAGGCCCAAAUUCGAUAGUAUACAACGAAUUAGGGGGCCAGAUUACGAGUGUAUCCGAACUUGAAGAUGGAGACAAGAUUUACUUUUCUGUGAAUGGAGAAGCAUUUGUUCCUCCUGCCUCGUCUGUUCCGAACAAUGCGAGUCCAGCGCCAGCAGUUCAGACAGCUGUACCACAUGACUCAACCCAUCCGAAUCCAUCUCCUGUACCUACAACUACGUUUGCCUCGCCUCCAUUAGCUGUUCCAACUGCUUAUACAAGUGAAACCUCCUCCACGCCACAAACCCAGCAAUGUGUAGUGAAGCCUGCUGAUGGUCCUACGAAAUAUGUUAUGCGUUUUAUUAUCGUGGGUAGCAUGUCUGUUGGCAAAUCGUGUCUGCUUCUCCAAUUUACCAACCGUCGUUUUGCGGCCAACGUGGGACCUACGAUCGGUGUCGAUUUUGGUAGCUCGUCCCUGAACAUUGAUGGAGAGAAUGUGAAGCUGCAGAUUUGGGACACUGCCGGUCAGGAAGACUUCCAGGCCAUUACUCGUGCUUAUUAUCGUGAAGCUGCCGCAGCGAUUCUCGUGUAUGACAUGACAAAUUUGCAAUCGUACGAGAAGCUGCAGUCGUGGCUGUCGGCAGUGCAAAGCAACUCCACCAACCCGAAUAUCGUGAUCACGUUGGUGGGAAACAAAAACGAUGUGAAAGAGGAAGACAAAGUGGUGAGCUACGCGGACGGAGAAGCGUUCGCCAAAGCGAAUGGACUCAUGUUUUUGGAGACUUCUGCGAAGACGGGGUACAAUGUGGACAACGUGUUCAUUCUGACCGCGCGGGAAAUCAUCAAGCGGAUCAAAUCGGGCGCGAUCACCUUGGGAGACAAGGACGGAGUCAAGGUGAAUGGACAGCAAUCGAAUUCGCAGAAGAUCACCGGGGCGGCAGAAUCGGGGGCCGAGACCAAGAAGAAGUGUUGCUAA